UUUCUCUAUAUAUCUAUAAGCUUAUAUCGCUCGGCAGUCGACGCAACCUAUAUAUACUCAUACACACUGGUGAACCGGGAAAUGUGUACACGAGUCACGAAUACGGCACAUUACAAUAAUUUCGCUAACUAAUCAACCCUCUACUCUUCACCAUGGCUAUGUGUGUAAGCAGUCUUGUGAGAAAUAGUUUUAACCUUUUGGGCAAAAGUGUCGUUAAGCAAUUGGUUAUAAAUGUCACGAGACAACUGUACUCUCCCAAUGCAAUGGGACUGAAUGGCUACUUGAAUGCCCGUGACUAUGUGAAAUCUCAGUUUCUUAAUGUUGAUCACCUGUUUUUCAAUAAAAUGAGAGACUUGAUAGCGAACAAAGAAGACUCCAUGGUUUUUACCGAAGAUUUGAAAACUAUGUUACACAUAGUUGAAAAGAAACCAGAGGAUCUUGAUCUUUUGUACACUAUGUUAAAAAAAUAUCACACUCAAAAUAAUCUGAGGUUUGGAAGCUUCGUAUUUGGUACUGUGGCAAUGAGGGCAUUUUAUCACUUGGAUGAGCCAGAUGUAGCUCUGAAAGCAUUUAAAGAUCCAGAGUUGAACGGUUUCUUUGACCAAAUAAUGUCGCAGCAGUUACUUUUGGAUCUAUUAUAUAAUCAUGGUAAAUAUUCAGAUGUCAGAGAUGUUUAUGAUAUCAUUAAAACUAAAAACAUCAAUGGUAUUGUGCAUCCCAAAAAUCCAUUUAUCAUUGUAAUGGGUGCCUGCUACCAAGAGAACACAAAAGAUAGUUUUGACUAUGCGGUUAAUCUCUUCAAAGAAGUUCAAACUAGAGGUUUUGAAUUUCCACGCAGGGCAAUAACAUUUUUAGCAUCAUUGGCUUUAAAACAAGGUUCACCAAGUGUAGCAUUAGAAGUUGCAUCGUUAGCGCGCAAUGUUAGGUACAUUGAUAUUAGAUGUAUUAAAGUAGAAGCUUAUGCAGCUCUAAAACGUGUCGAUGAAGUAAUGGUGUACUUCCGUACUACACUACAAACUGAUAUGCCUACAAGACGUAAGCAGUCUUACUUUAAAGAUACAAUUGAGAAAGUUGAAGAACUGGUAGAAAGUGAAAAACUCGAAGAGAAUUCUGAACUUGUAAAAAUGUUGAAACAGAUCAAAUUGCAUGACUAUGUUCAAACAGGAACUUUAGAUGAGCAUAUUACUACAACAAUUGAUCAGAUAAGAGUUAAUAACGAACAAAGACAGUGGCAAAGACCAGAAUUCGGAAACAGACAAAGUCAACAACAAAAUAGAUAUCAAUCCAACAAUAAAUUCAAUGAAAGUAACAGUUUUAAUUAUAGAAAAGGUUUAAGAGAUCUAGUGUAAAUGUGUAUAUAAAAAAAUAUAAAUCGUAUAAUUCAUUAUUAUUGACUUUCCGAUAAAUUUACUAAAGUACAUCUUUAAAAAAAUUUAAAAUAAAUGAGUUUUAUAUUAAAUAUA